AUGUGCGGUAAAAUCCCUAGAGAAAUUAGCAACCUAACAACAUUGAAGGCGAUCAACCUUGAUCACAAUAAUUUUAAAGAAAUUCCAAAUGAGAUCGGCACCUUGAAUCAGCUAGAAAAGUUGUUUGUGCAAAAAAAUGCCUUAAAAGGGCCUAUUCCUAUGGGUGUCUUCAAUAUGUCAUCUUUGACUAGAGUAACUUUCUAUGGAAAUAAGUUGAAUGGUAGAAUUCCCGACAAUAUAUGUCAACAUCUUCCAAAUAUCCAAGAGUUGAAUUUGGGUAUCAAUCAGUUUGAUGGUCCACUUCCAUCUAAGUUAUGGCAAUGCAAACAACUUCUUAAUUUGACAUUGGGGGAUAACGGGUUUAGUGGAAGCAUACCCAAAGAUAUUGGGAACUUAACUCGGAUAAAGAGGAUUGGGCUUGGCACCAACAGCUUGAUAGGUACUAUACCAUAUGAGAUUGGUUAUCUUCCAAACUUAGAAGAAUUGGUGCUUCGUGAUAAUAAUCUAAAUGGCCAUAUCCCACCCUCAAUCUUCAAUAUGUCCAGAAUAACCACCGUAAAUCUAGGCUAUAAUAAGCUUUCAGGUAGCCUGCCAGCAAACAUAGGUCUUGGGCUUCCAAACCUUCAAGUGUUUCCAGUAGGAGCGAAUCACCUCAGUGGAGUAAUCCCCAAAUCCAUCUCCAAUGCUUCUGAGCUUCAGAUUCUAGACCUGGGCCGCAACUCUUUUUCUGGAUUUAUUCCAAACACUAUGUGCCACUUGAGAAACCUUGAAUGGGUUAGCUUCUUCAACAAUAAUUUGACCAUUGAUGCCUCCACUCCAGAAGUUAAUAUUUUGUCUUGUUUGGCAAAUCUUAGAAACUUAAGGACUUUAUCCUUCGAAAGCAAUCCAUUUGAUGCCAAGCUUUCAAUUUCCUUCAGCAAUUUCUCUGCAUCACUUCAAAAUAUUUAUUUAGGAAAUUGCAGCUUCAGAGGUAACAUCCCCAAAGAUAUAGGCAACUUGAGUAGCUCGAUGCUUUUAGCCCUCGAAGACAAUCAAUUGAGCGGACCAAUCCCAAGCUCAAUGGGAAGACUACUGAAUCUUCAAGGUUUGUAUAUGUAUAAUAACACAUUGCAAGGAUACAUUCCGGAUGAACUUUGUCAACUAGAAAACUUAGUUGAUUUGUAUUUGGAUGGGAAUCAACUCUCUGGUUCUGUACCUUCCUGCUUGGGUAAUCUAUCAGCAUCUCUACGAAGUCUGUUCUUGGCGUCCAAUUUGUUGAAUUCCACAAUCCCGUCUUCCUUGUGGGGACUUACAUAUAUCUUGAAAAUAAACUUGUCAUCUAAUUCUCUAAUUGGACCUCUAUCAGGUGGUGUUGGUAAAUUGAAAGUUGCCAAAUACAUUGAUGUAUCAUACAACCAAUUAUCUGGUAGUAUACCAGGUAGUGUUGGGAGUUUAUCGAAUUUGGUCAAUCUCUCCUUAGCACAUAAUAAUCUAGAAGGCCCUAUUCCUAGUUCCUUUGAAACCUGUGUAAGCUUAGAAAGAUUGGAUUUAUCUCAGAACAGUCUCUCUGGAGUGAUUCCAAAGUCUCUAGAAGCACUCUCAUAUCUCAAAUAUCUAAAUUUGUCUUUCAAUAUACUCCAAGGAGAAAUUCCAACAGGCGGUGCUUUCAAAAACUUCUCUGCUGAGUCAUUUGAUUCAAACCAUGAACUCUGUGGUGCAUCCCAAUUUCAAGUUCCACCAUGCAAAAGAAAAACUAGCAUAUCUAUCUUGAAGUAUGUUGUUCCGGGGAUCUUAUCAGCAAUGCUUCUAGCGGCAUCCAUAUUUUGGAUGUUGAUGUUACGCAGGAAAAAGAACGUGAAAGCUGCAGCACAUACUAUCUUGACACCUCAAGUUUUCUGGAGAAGAGUUUCAUACCUAGAGCUCCUAAGUGCGACAAAUGGAUUCAAUGAAAGCAACUUACUUGGUACUGGGGGUUUUGGCUCAGUAUAUAAAGGAACAUUGUCAGAUGGGAUAGAUGUUGCGAUAAAGGUUUUCAAUUUGGAAUUGGAAGGCGCAUUUUCAAGUUUUGAGGUUGAAUGUGAAAUGCUAAGUAAUGUUCGUCACCGAAAUCUUGUCAAAGUCAUCAGUUGUUGCAGUCAAAUUGAUUUCAAAGGUCUUGUACUGAAUUACAUGCCUAAUGGGAGUCUUGAGAAGUGGUUGUAUUCUCAGAAUUCUUCUUUGAACAUAAUGCAGAGGUUGGAUAUAAUGAUAGAUGUUGCAUCUGCACUGGAGUACCUUCAUCAUGGUUAUGAAGUACCUGUUGUCCAUUGUGAUUUGAAGCCAAGCAACAUCCUACUAGAUGAUGAUAUGGUUGCACAUGUUGCUGAUUUCGGUAUUGCGAAACUCUUGGGUGGAGGAGAUUCUAUGACUCAAACCAUGACCUUAGCCACAAUUGGGUAUAUGGCUCCAGAGUAUGGAAUGCAAGGAAUAGUGACCAGAAGAGGGGAUGUGUAUAGUUUUGGUAUUGUAGUGAUGGAAACAUUCUCAAGAAGGAAGCCAACUGAUGAGAUCUUCGUUGGGGAAAUGAGACUAAAUCAAUGGGUUGCAAAUUUCCUUGUUGCAGAUGCGAUAAUUGAAGUUGUGGAUGCUACCUUACUUGGAACCGAGGAGGAUCAUGACUUCGUGUGCAAGAGGGAGUGCUUAUCAUCUAUUAUGAGAUUAGCUAUUGCUUGUUCAGCAGAAUCACCGGAAGAGAGAAUAAACAUGCAAGAGGCUGUAGCCAUGCUUAAAGCAAUCAAGAUCAAGUUUUCAGAGGACUCUGCUGCAACAGGUGUGGUGAUGCACCGUCGUCCUGUUUCGUAACCCCUUAAUUAAUGUGUCGUUAUAUCUUGACAUGG